AUGCCGGCCUGGGUGUCAGCACCUUGGCGCAAGCCUCCCAUGCACUGCAAGAGAAUCAACAGCGCAUUGAAGAAGCCGAAGCUCAUCUACAGGUGCUGUUUGCGGUGGGGUUGCUUUACCGGGGACUCCCAAGCGAGCGCCAUCCUGGACAACCUGAGUGCCCUGCUACUGGCCGCCACGGACGAGGACGCCAUUCUUGCGCGCACCACGGCCUUGGCCAGGGCGCGAGUAGCGGGGACGGGAACCAGCAGCGGUGGAGGCGGGGAGGAGGGACGCUCCGGAACCAUUUUGCCGUCGGUUUCGGAGGAGGAGGGAGCGCAGGUGGAACAGGUGGCGGUUGCAGCGGCCACGCGGGAGGUGGCAUACUGGCUGGCGGUCACCUCCGUUCUAUUGGCGCUGAUAGAUCCGCACCUGCCCGUCACCUGCCUGUCGAGGACAGCACCAGGGGCCGCGGCGGCCGACGGCGGCGCAGGGAUUCACUUGCCCGCCCCGCUGGCGGUGGUGGCGGGCGACGCGCGGGCGUCCAUGGCCCGGGCCGCCAGCGCCGCUGCCGCCAAAGUUCAGGAGCUUCAGAAGCGAAUGGGCAACACCAUCAGCGGCAUGCAACUUUUGGGAAAGAAUCUCCUCAUGCGGAGGCGGGGUAAGGGAGGCGAGGGCGGCGCUGCGGCGCAACAGCCCUCGGGCGCUGUGAAGCCGGAGGGCGGUGACGUGGGUCAUCUUGAGCAGGUUUUGGAGCAAGGAGCAGGGACGCAGGAACCGGAGGCCGCCGCGGCCGCAGGGGAGGUGCAUGUCGAGACCUCCCCCUCGACCAUCACCAUCAACGUCUCAGAAGGACCGGGGUCGCUGCCGCCUAUGCCGGCCGGAAGUACCAGCACCAUCAGAAGCUCCAGUCCGAGCGCCGGGGCCAUGGAGCCCGCUGCGGGGCUGUCGGUCCGCUCGUCGUCUCCGGCGCCACCGCCCGUCACCGCCAGCGCUGCGUUGCAUCCCGUCCAGGUGACCUUCCGCCAGCAGCUGGAUUUCCUGGUGCAGAAAGCGUACGUGCAAAUGCGCGAUUCGCUCAAGCGCCACGUCAGUGCCGUACUGCCGGGUUGCGUGCAACAGCCCGUGUUGCCAAGCUCUCCAUGGAACAGUCCAGCGAGGCGGGAGGGUCACCUGUCGGGCAGUGGUGCGACCGAGCAGCAGGAGGGCGCCGCCGGCGGCACUCGACCAUCGUCAGGUCAACCUGCUGCAGCUGAAGGCGGUUCUAUGAGCGGCAGCGGCGGUGGGGUCGCGUUGUCCUCCACUUCCCAUGGCUCCCAGGGCUCCUCCCCGCAGCAGCCCUGGCUGGACCUCAUCUCGGUGCUGUCCAGCCACCUGGCGCUGCUGCGGGAGGCCCACGUGCCGAGAAUACUGAUCCGCUGUCUCUACAAGCAGGUGGUGGUGGGCAUGGGGGAUGGGACUGUGACCUUCGUGGAUGUCCAGCUGUUCAAUCAGCUGCUGCUCCGUCCCGAGUGCUGCUCCACUUCCAAUGCGCGCUACCUUGUGGAGGGGCUGCAGCUGCUGGACACCUGGCUGACGGGGUGUAGGGCAACGGCGCAGUCCGGGGCAGCUGCGGCGGCAGCGGGUGCUGCAGCGGGGCGAGGACAGGAGGCUCCUGGCCAGGGUCACCUGCCAGGCCGUGCGGGGACAGGCCCGGUGGUGGUGGCGGCUGGUGAGGAGCUGGCGAUGUUGGUGGAAGACCUGCGGCACAUUCGGCAGGCUGCCCACUUCCUUAUACUGGCCAACAAGGGCGCCCUUCGCCUGGACGACUUCAUCACCAUGUGUCCUGCACUGAAUGUACAGCAGCUGUACCGCUUGGCCACCACCUUCUGGGAUGACUCUCCGCCACCGCUACCGCCGCCAGCAGCAACCGCACAGUCCGCGGUGCUGCUGGCGGCGACGGAGGCGGACGCUGGCGGAGGCGGACCUGCGGCGGAGGCCGCCGUGAAUGGUGCGGACGCCACGAGCGGUGAAGGUGAGCAGGACGUUGUGGAGGGUGGAGGGGCUGCGGUCCUUGAGGAGAUGAAGCGGCGCCACUCGGUGGCCAACAACGGCGGCCUCAUCGUGACGUUCCUGCUGGACGAGGACAGCGUGCCGCUCAUCGUACAGGGCACCGGCGGUGGCGGCGGUGGGGGCGGUGUGGUGGCGAGGCAGCUGUUGCAGGUCAUCAACGAACCGCGGUUGCACGAGGGCCUGACGGAGGGGCUGCCACCGGCGCUACGGAGUGAGGACUGUCCUCCGCAAGCGUUUGCAUUCAUGAUUGACGACGGGGGAGCCACGAGCGCGAGCUCGGCAGGCGGGGCUAGCAACGCGUAG